AUGUCCGGCCAUGCGCCGUACCCUGGGAAGAGUCCAUAUAGCAUGUUGUCAGUGGACGAGUGCGUGGGUAUGGUGACAAGCAAAGUACUUGGGCCCCUUGAAACCCAGACAGUGCAACUGAAUGCUGCUUUGGGGCGCAUUUUGGCGAAAGACGCAGUGGCAGUAGAGGCGAUCCCAGCUUUUCCAGCAUCCAUCAUGGAUGGUUUCGCUAUGCGGUCCAAAGACGCCCCCGGAAAGUAUCCGGUGGAUGAACUUGCGGGUACCACUGCCGGUGCGGAUUCGCGUGGACCACUGAGAGAAGACCACAUACGCUAUAUCACUACUGGUGCACCAGUGCCAGCAGGUGCAGACACUGUAGUUAAGGUCGAAGACACCCAUCAGCUGGUGGAUGCGGACGGGAAGCUGGAGAUUGAGGUGUUGUGUUCCAGCAAACCUGGCGCAAACAUCAGAGCUGUAGGCUCGGACACCAAGCAGGGCGAGGUGAUUCUGCGAAAAUGCUGCCGUAUUGGUGCUGCUGAGAUCGGCGUUCUGGCGGCUCUCGGCCUUGCAAGCGUGGAGGUCUUCCGGGAACCCAGGGUUGCCAUCAUCUCUACCGGUGAUGAGCUGGUGGAUGUAGGCGCCGCUGGCACUCUGGAUCGGAGCCGUGGGCAGAUCGUUGACUGCAAUCGGCCACUGCUCUGUGCACUCGCCCGGGAGCUUGGUGUGGAGGCUCUAGACAUGGGCUUCGUGACUGACGAUCUGCCGAAGCUUCGUGCGACCCUUGUCUCGGCUUUCCAGCAGGCAGAUGUGGUCAUUUCCUCUGGCGGGGUCAGCCGUGGGAGCAAGGACUUCAUCAAAGAGCUGCUGUCGGAGAUGGGUGAGGUCCACUUCGGCGAGAUGUGCAUGAAGCCAGGCAAGCCCAGUACCUUCGCGACAGUGGCUGGCCACGGAGCCCAGAGAAAGCUCUUCUUCGGAUUACCAGGUAACCCUGUCAGCUGCUUUGUGACUUUCAAGCUCCUCGCUGCUCCAGCUUUGGAGCGGCUGCGGGGGCUGCCUCAGGAUACACCCAUCUACCCGCGGGUGGAUGCAGAGCUGGCAGACCCUGUUGACAUGGACCCGGUGCGACCCGAGUAUCAUCGGGCUAGGGCACGAUGGGAGGCAGGACGCAUCGUUGCAGAAAGCACGGGCUUCCAGCGCAGCAGCCGCAUCGCUUCCAUUGCCGAUGCCAACUGUCUCCUUGAGAUUCCGAAAGACAAAGGGACUUUGCCCAAAGGGACGGUGGUGAAAGCUCUGCUGCUGCCCCAUGGAAGCAGAUCCCUGGUCCCAAGCCCGGAGGGCUUCCCAGGAGGCCGUAUCCGCGCACAGCCAGCAAAGCCGCCGCCAGCCACGACUGUCGAGGCAGGACAACCUCUUCAACCUCGGCCGCUGCGGGUUGGGCUUCUGACUAUUGGCAGGGACGCCAGCAAUGAUCAGGCCUUCAGCGACCUUCUGACUGUCCUUUCCAGCUGCGAGAUCGUGGAGAAAGAGGAAUACAGUGUUGAGGAGAAGUCGAGCCACUUCCUGGCUGACCUUCUCGAAACCUGGUCGCGGAAGUCCUGCCAACUCAUCCUCGUCCUUGCAGAUCUCGGCCUCGGGGAGGUGGAUGCUGCAGUCGUCCAGGCCGUCCGUGAAGGCCUGAAGGAGGCGCCCGGAGUCGCAGACGCAGUUGCAAGGACUGGCUUGGCGUUGUCCCCGCUCGCUAUGCUUUCGCCAGUCGUGGCCGGUACCCAGCACGACACGCUCAUCGUGAUGCUGCCCAGUUCCUGGGCCCCAUCCUGCACGGCCAUGCUGUGCAAGAUGGUUGCGGCACUGGCAGAGGAUUUGAGGACACAGCUCUAG